AUGCCAUAAAACCAGGUAAUUUCAUGGAAGUAAUUGAAGCAGUAAAAGAAACAGCAGGAUUUGAUAAAGAAAAGAACUGUUACAAAACUCCAAGCCUUGCACUUAAAAUUGGACACUCACUGUUGAAAGUGAGUGACAUCAUUCAUUGUCAUGCUCUUAUGGCUGGAGAUGACAACUUGAUUAAAUCCUCAAAGGCGUUUCAGAAGCUUUAUACUGCAAAGUGGUCGGAGUACAUAUCCCACUGUGCCUUAAGCACCAUUAGUGACCUGAAAUAUAACAAAACAGCCAAAUUACCGCUCACUGAUGAUGUAACGAAAUUUAACAAGCAUCUUGACAAAACUGUUGAAUCAGCAACUGCUGCAUUAAAGAAGGAGACAACAGUGCAGAACUACUCCAGCCUUGCAAAAGCCGCAUUGACCAAGAUUGUCCUUUUCAAUAGAAGACGUGUUGGGGAGGUCUCAAAGAUGAAACUGAGACACUUUCUGGAAAGAAACAAAGAAACAAACACCCUUGAUGAAUUGGGGCUGUCAGAGUGUGAAAAGAAACUCUGCAACUAUUUUGAGCGUGUUGAACUAAAAGGAAAAAGGGAUAGAAAGGUAGCAGUGCUGCUGACACCUAAGAUGGUAAAUGGACUCAACAUUAUGAUUGAGAAGAGGAAAGAAUGUGGUGUCCCAGACCAAAAUGAAUACUUGUUUGCUGUACCAAAUUGUCUGACUUACUACAGAGGACAUCAGUGUCUCAGACAGCUCGCAGAUGAGUGUGGUGCCAAGAGGCCAGAGUAUCUACGAUCAACUCAACUGCGCAAAGACAUAGCGACCACAUCACAAAUCCUGAACUUGAAGAGCAAUGAACUAGAUCAGCUUGCUGAUUUUAUGGGGCACGAUAUAUCAGUACAUAGACAGUUCUACCGUCUGUCAGAGCCUACCAUACAGAGUGCCAAAAUUUCCAAGUUGCUCCUUGCACUGGAAAAGGGAAAGAUGCAUGAGCUUAAAGGAAAAUCUCUUGACGAAAUUGAAGAUGUCACAGAUGAUGAUGAUGAGAGUGAGGAGGAACAAACAUUCACAACAAACAUUCACAACAAAGCAGAGGUAGAUUGUCCUCGUGAACUGAACGACAUGGACACUCCUGAUGCAGAUGGACUCCCUCCUGUACAUAAUGUACGCAAAGACAAGACACGAAGACCAUGGACCAAAGCAGAAGAAAAAGCUGUGCUGAGACAUUUCAAGUCUCACAUAAUUAAAGGUCAUUUAGCAUCAAAGAAGGAGUGUGUGGUUUGCAAAGAAUGUGAACAGCCAGCACUGAAAAAUAGAACAUGCCAAAACAUUAGAGACUUUGUGAGAAACAAGGGGCUGACUUUUAAGCGCCAAAACCGCCACCCACACUAAAAAACAAUAUGUGUGCAGCCAGCGUUGUGACGAUAAACAAAAAAUAAUUUUCAAAUAAUAAUCGUUAUAUUAUACAUUAUAUAUUAUUAAGUGUAAUUUUUUAAAAUGUUUUUCUGGGAAGUUGCCGGUAACAUCUGGCGGGGGGACAGCCAAUGUAAAUCAGCCUCUGGCUGCAAUUGGGGUGCAAUAAUGUUGUUUUUUUUCCAAUAUGUUCAAUGUUGCACAUUGUCCCUUUGAAAUAAAUGAAUUGAAAUUGAAA